AUGAAUGAAGACGGAACAUUUGGACGAGAUUGUCCUUCUAUCCCAGGCCCACACAUUCCGGUUUUGUUCGAUGGAACGGCCCACUUGACUGAAACGGCAAGCACAGAAAGCCGACCGAUCCUUACUCAAUCGAGCACGUCCGACCAGCCUGUUGAGAUUCAAACUCCAGGAGUAUCGGUUUCUGGUUCCGAAAACGAGAAGAUCGUCAUCAUCUGGAAGGUCAUCGAUAAGGAUCUCGAUGCUUUUAAAGCUGAAGUAAUCCGGGGAAUCAAGAGCGAGGAGGACAAAUUUCUUGGUUUUUUUGUCGAACGUCAAGAGAAUGCCCGAAAUAUCUUCUGGAACGUCGUUAUCCCAUUUGGAGGAGCCUUUGCAGGUAACCACAAAAGACGACUCGACUCCGUGGAAACAUUCAAGGACUUUCUUCUCGUUGCCGAAGGGACCUCCGAGACCCGAAAGAUCGUUUGUCGCUUGGUACAAAAAGACCCAAAGGACAUUGCAAAGAAACAAUCGGUUUACAAGCAACUCAAAAAGAACCAUACUGACUCUAGUGCUGAUGUGAAUGAUCCGGUCUUCGUACCAUCACCGAGUGCAAUGAACACAGCAGCCCUCAGCCAGCUCUUGCAAGAAAUCUUCUUGGUACACUCACCCUCUGAAGAACAUUCUGGAAGCGCUGAAACCUCGGUCUAUAUAAAUCCAGAGAAUUCGGACGAAUACUUUCUAAUCACAAUGCGAAAAGCAUAUGCCUGGGCCAAGGCUAUACAAGCGAAUUCCAAAGAGGUCACUGUCCUGGUGCCUCCAAAAUCGCCACUGUUCCAAUUCAAAAAUAAAACCGACAAGUCUGAGCAAGCGAACCCUCCGAAUUACCCAAACAACAGUCAGCCACAGCAAGCGAACCCUCCGAAUUACCCAAACAACAGUCAGCCACAGCCGUUUUAUCCAAAUCAAAACCAGGCCAUGAACCCGUAUGGCAUGAUGCAGAUGCCCUAUCAACUUCCGGCAAUGCCCUAUGGGAAUUACUCAGCGGCUUUUGGUAACCCUAAUCAAGCGGAUCCGUCUAGUUUUUAUCCUCAGGCUAGUACUUCUGCUGUACAAAUACCUCCAUCCGAAUCAAAUGUCAUCCCUCCGUCUCCUCCCCCAUUUGAAGAUACCACCGAUCUCAGCGAUUACCUCAAGUUUGCCAGGGUCAAUGCAGACUCUGAAGAAAUCAACAACGGUCUUAGCAAACUCGGUAUCACUCAUUGGAGUAUGUUUGAGGUUGUUUCAGCUGAUGAGCUCGUUACUUCAGGUGUUCCACUCAUUCCAGCUAGAUGCCUCAUUAGAUCGGUAAAAACCUACCCAACCCACUUGAAGAAUCUCAAGAAGGCACGAUUUCUUCCUGAUAUCGAGUAA